AGAUACAUUUUCGCUUUGUUGAAAUAUUUGUAUAACCCGCACUAUGAUUCGUUUGCUCUCUGCCCUAUUAUUGGUAUUCCUCAUGUCGGUCUUGAUAGCCGAAUUUACAUUGGUGGACAGAGAUGGACAGCCAAUAACAACACAAGCCGAAGGACUUCUGCUCUGGAAAGGCGGAACGGUAUGCGACGACUCUUUCAACGAAUAUUCCGGGAAUGCCAUCUGUCGAAAGAUGGGGUUUGGACUGCAGAUAUCUUGGAACUCGGACACCGAGUGGACAAUACAGGAUAACUACGAGAUAGAGUUGGACAAUGUGAACUGUGAUAGCAGUGGAGAAUGGGAUAGCUGUUCCUACACAGAGACUCACAACUGUAGACAUUCUGAGGAUGUCUUUCUAACUUGUCAAGGAGCACCCCAAUUUUCACUGAUUGACAACAACGGCAACGAAGUUCUUAACGGAGGAUCACUCGCAUUGCUUCUCUAUAACGACGGAACAGUUUGUGACGACAGCUUUGACGACAACGCAGGUAUGGCAAUUUGUCGUUUUAUUGGCUUCACAGGACUUCAAGAAAGGACAUCUGGAAAUCGACUCGGCGACAUCCAAGGAGAUAGAGAAAUAAAGUUGGAUAACGUUGACUGCUCAAGUGGAGAGUGGAACUCGUGCUCCUACUCCACUACACACAACUGUGGUCAUAGUGAGGAUGUGUUCUUGUCCUGUGAAGGAUCUAUCGAUGAAGUAGCAACGUGUCCGCCUCAAAUUGAAUGCACAGUCCCAAUGUGCCAGGAACUAACCUGCCCAGAAGCCCCUGCUGCGCCAACUUGUCCGCAGUUGACCUGUCCUCCUGCAACCGCAUGUCCACAGGUUACAUGUCCAGAUUGUCCACAACACCCAACCUGUCCACCAAACCCAACCUGUCCACCUGUGCUCACCUGUCCACCACACCCAACCUGUCCACCUGUGCUCACCUGUCCACCAAACCCAACCUGUCCACCAAACCCAACCUGUCCACCAAACCCAACCUGUCCACCAAACCCAACCUGUCCACCACACCCAACCUGUCCACCACACCCAACCUGUCCACCAAACCCAACCUGUCCACCAAACCCAACCUGUCCACCACACCCAACAUAUCCACCUGUGCUCACCUGUCCACCACACCCAACCUGUCCACCAAACCCAACCUGUCCACCAAACCCAACCUGUCCACCACACCCAACCUGUCCACCAAUCCCAACCUGUCCACCAAACCCAACCUGUCCACCAAACCCAACCUGUCCACCACACCCAACCUGUCCACCAAUCCCAACCUGUCCACCAAUCCCAACCUGUCCACCACACCCAACCUGUCCUCCCCAACCAACUUGUCUACCAAACCCAACAUGUCCUCCCCAAAUCACUUGUCCAAAACCUGACUGUCCUGCAGGCCACUACACACACAACUUAACCUGUGCAAUGUGCCCUGCCAACUUCUUCAGUCCUACCUCAGGAUCUACAUCCUGUAUAAGAUGUCCAGGUGUCGCCACCUCCAAGCCAGGCUCUGUCCAGUGUGAUUGCCGAGUCGGAACCCAGUGGAGUAAUGGGCGAUGUAGAAAAUGUCCCAGUGACUCUGCAAGUGUUAGUGGAAAAUGUUUUCAGUGUCCAGUUGACUCACUGCCUAAUGAUGAUGGGAGUUCUUGUGAUUGUCCAGACGGGCAGUACUGGAUGUGGGAUCAUGAGAUGGAAGGAAAAUGUGUGCCUUGCCCAGAAGGCAAAUUUAAGGCUGGAGCAGUGAUGCAAUGCGAGUUGUGUCCAACAGGGGCAUCAUCUCUAGCAGGAUCAGCAACAUGUUCUUGUGAAAAAGGAAGCUUUUGGAGUGGGGAAAACUGUGAACCGUGUGGCUCUGGCACAGCUAGCUUCAGAGGAGCAACUACUUGUAUCACUUGUAGUGAUGGUGCAACUGAGGAUCUCACUGGUUGUCUCUGUGAAGAUGGUAUAGUCUGGGAAUGGGAUGGUCCAAGCAAUGGGUCCUGCAAGCCUUGCUUAUCGAACACAUACAAAGUUGGGGGAAUGAUCACUUGUAGAGACUGCCCAUCUCCUUCUACUUCUCUAUCUGGAUCACAGUCUUGUACCUGUCCUGCUGGGAUCUUCUGGAAUGGGCAGAACUGUGAAGAAUGCAGCUCUGGUUCAGCUAGCGCAAAAGGAGCAUCUAGAUGCAUGACUUGUGACAGAGGAACAUUAACUAACCAAUCAAGCUGCGUUUGUGAGGACGGUAUGACCUGGGAGUGGGAAAGUCCAACAACUGGAUCAUGUAAGCUAUGUCCACAAAACUACUACAAGGUCGGAAACAUGAGUUUCUGUAAAGAUUGCACAUCCUCCUCAACCUCACGACCAGGAUCAAGUCACUGUUCUUGUGGCACAAAAACUUUCUGGAGCAACAACAAGUGUAUCCUGUGCACAGGAAAUGACUUCUUCCAGAAGUCAAUCGGAAAAUGCACCCAGUGCCCAAAUGGAACUACUUCUAUUCUUAGCGAUACUGCGUGUAGCUGCCUUGCUGGAAACUACUGGCAUUCCCAAACAAUGAAAUGCAUUCCCUGUCCUGAGAAUUACUACAGUGGUGACUUUGCCGUAGAGUGUACAAAAUGUCCUCUCUACACUAUUUCGAAAAAGGGAUCUCCGCAAUGUCAAACAUGCGAAAUCGGGCAGUAUUGGAAGCAAUACACUUGUGAUGUGUGCAAUGAACUGGACAAGAUAGGCAAUGGAGUCUUUUGUAUAAUGAAGUCUCUAGGAAAAGAGGGGUCCUCUGAAAAAAUAGUUCACGGUGGUAGAGGUAUGACUGCCAUCAUAGCUGGCAUUGCAGUCGUACUAGGUUUAGUGUGCAUCGUCCUAGCAGUCCUUAUGAUGAAGAAAAAGAAAGAGAAAGUAACGACACCAGAACAAGGAGUUGCAGUAAGGUAUUCUUCCAUAUUGACCCCUAACGUUGAGUACAGUGACUGGCCGGAAGGAGCAGGACCAUCAGCGGUGAGACUUCAGGAGGAGCCAGAGGAAGAAGAAAGAAGUUGGUGUGCUGAAUGGAACAACUGCACACCAGGAAGUGAGCCCGACGAGAACAUCUACUCUCACUUGGACGACAGAGUUGAUCAACUGAGGGAACAAGGAGGUGUCAUUUGA